AUGGCCGAGGAAGAAAAGGCCAUUGGCACCUCCUCAGCUGUGGAUGUGGAGACAGCCAUGGACAUGAAGGAGAAGCAUGUUGACCCGACACUGGAGAAGCACGCACACGAUGCCGACGAGGCGAUGAAGGCUCUUGAGGAGCUUCACGGCGAAUCACUUGAGCUAGACGAGUCAACAAACCGUCGGCUUUUGAAAAUCAUUGAUUGGCACAUGAUGCCAAUUAUGUGCUGUAUCUACGGAAUGAACUUCCUUGACAAAACUACCCUGUCUUAUGCGAGUAUCAUGGGAAUCAAGACAGAUCUGAAUCUAGUUAAAGAUGACUAUCAGUGGUUAUCCAGUCUUUUCUACUUUGGCUAUCUUGCAUGGGAGUAUCCCACCAACCGGCUGCUGCAGCGAUUACCCCUCGGGAAGUAUUCCGCAGCCUGUAUCUUGACGUGGGGACUUGUUCUGUGCUGCUUCGCUGCUGUGAAUAACUAUUCGGGCGCGAUUGCCAUUCGGUUUUUCCUCGGUGUUUUUGAAGCUGCCGUGACACCUGGCUUUGCCUUGCUUACAUCUCAGUGGUACACCAAGCAAGAACAAGGUAGCCGUGUGAACAUUUGGUUCAGCUUCAACGGUGUCGGUCAGAUCCUAGGAGGAUUCAUCGCAUACGGCGUCGCGGUCGGAACCGCAAAGCAUGGAUCCGCGAUUGAGCCAUGGAAGAUCAUUUUCCUGGUCACCGGUCUAUUGACCAUCGCUCUGGGACUUGUCUUCCUCUGGAUUGUCCCCGAUAACCAGUUGAAUGCCCGAUGGCUGAAGAAGGAGGAUCGCAUCUUGGCUGUCGCUCGUGUGCAGUCAAACCAGCAAGGAAUCGGAAACAAACAUUUUAAGAUGUACCAAGUCAAGGAAGCCCUUAUGGACCCAAUGACAUGGGCAUUCUUCUUCUAUGCGCUUAUUGCCGAUAUUCCGAACGGCGGUAUAACCAAUUUUUUCAGUCAAAUGAUCACGAGCUUUGGAUACUCCAGCCAGGAGAGUUUAAUUCUCGGUGUCCCCGGCGGCGCGGUCGAAGUCAUCGCCCUCUUAUGCAAUGGAUACAUGGGCUACAAGACUGGUAAUCGCAUCCUGUGCAGUCUGGGUGGUCUCCUCUGUGCGCUCAUCGGCAUGAUCCUCAUCGUGGCUCUCCCUGAGUCCAUGAAUGUCGGCCGGUUGAUCGGAUACUACAUGACCCAAGCUAGUCCUACAGCGUUCGUUGCUCUGCUGGCGAUGAUCUCGUCCAACGUGGCUGGUUACACGAAGAAGACCACCGUCGCUGCCUUGUACCUUAUUGGGUACUGUACCGGCAACAUUAUCGGCCCACAAACUUUCCGUCCUAAGGAUGCGCCUCGUUAUAUCCCUGCUGAAAUCACUAUUAUCGUCUGCAUUGGCGUGAGCAUGUGCAUCAUGCUAUUUGUCUACUGGUGGUAUGUUAAGGAGAAUCGUCGCAAGGAGGAGAUUCGAUCGCGACCGGACUAUGUGAGAUUGCAGAACCAGGGCUUCCUGGAUCUGACCGAUCGGGAGAACAUGGAUUUCGUGUAUGCCAUUUGA